AGCUGGCGGAACCGGGUCUGGGAGGGAGUUGGGCAGCUGGUGGCAGCUCCCUGCCCGCAGUGUGGGUGAAGGAUGGGUCCUGAGCGGGCCCCCGGACCUGGACCUGCGCUGCUGCAGCUGCUGCACCUCCUGUGGCUGCUGCCCCACUCCGGGGCCGCCCCUCCAGCAGCCGCAGGGUGGCGGGCCGGCCUGCAGAACCACACGUUCCGGCACACGGUGUACUGCCAGGACUGGAGCCCGGGCGUGGGGCUCUCCGAGACCUUCGACGAGGACCAGCUCUUCUCCUUCGACUUUUCCCAGAACACCCGAGUGCCUCGCCUGCCCGAAUUUGCUGACUGGGCGCAGACGUCCAGAGAUACCCCCACCAUUUUCUUUGACAAAGCAUUAUGCCAAGCCAUGGUCCAGGAAGUAGGCCCACAGCUUGAAGGGCAAAUCCCGGUGUCUAGAGGGUUUCCUGUGGUUGAGGUGUUCACGCUGAAGCCCCUGGAGUUCGGCAAGCCCAACACGCUGGUCUGCUUUGUCAGCAACCUCUUCCCGCCCACGCUGACGGUGGCCUGGCAGCGCCACCUGGCCCCCGUGGAGGGCGCCGGGCCCACUUUCGUCUCAGCCAUCGAAGGACUCAGCUUCCAGGCCUUUUCUUACCUAAACUUCACCCCGGAGCCCUCGGACCUCUUCUCCUGCAUCGUCACUCACGAGAUUGACGGCUACACAGCGAUUGCCUACUGGGUGCCCCACAACGCGCUGCCCUCAGCUCUGCUGGAGAACGUGCUGUGCGGCGUGGCCUUCGGCCUGGGUGUGCUGGGCGUCCUCGUUGGCUUGGUCCUCAUCGUCCGCUUCCGGAACCCUUGCUCAGGCGACUGACUUCCUGAUCCGAGUCUGACGCCGGCACCUCGGCCAUCUACAGGGGCUGCUCCCGUUCCUCACAGCCUGCCCGGCUCGCUCCUCCUCGGAGCAGAAGGCCCGGGGCUCCCUGGGCUGUGCAUGUGCACGUGUGUCUGUGCACAUGCCUGUGCAUGUGUGUUCAUGUGUGUGCAGGUUUCUCAGCUGGGGCUGUGCUGCCCCGGCCUGCAUCCCAGGCAACCAGUGGCCGUUCUAUCAUGACCACAAUCCUCCCCACUUCAAGGCAAUAAAUCUCAUU